GUUGACAUCUUGAUAGUCAGACACUGGUUUCCUCUAUAAUAAAUAAUAAUUUUGGAUAUUUACAGUCGUUCCUAAGAGCCCCUUACCUAGUGUGUUCCAGUCCAGGGUCCUGAGAUGGAGAGUUCUGCCUCAGAAAUGAGUCCCCCUGGGGAGUGUAAGGAGGGGGAAACUUUCUCAAAAAUGAGUCUGAACAGAGUCCAGCAGGAAAGAAGAGACUCACCUGAACCCAGUUGUGUGUCCAUGAAGAGUGACUGGUCAAUGGAUCUGCCUAUUUUUUUUCAACAGGGACAGGUUUCUACAACAGGAAGAAAUCAGCUGAAGAGAUGUGACUUGAUGCAUCAACAGGUGGAUUUAUCAGCUGUUUUCAAGUCUCUUGAGGACAAAGCUGUGAAGUUCCUGAGAGACGAGUUGAACAAGUUCAGGAGGAAUCUCAGUCAGGAUUACCCAGCAUGCUUUGAGUCUCAGGAUGACAAUGACCUGGACAGUGAAGCUGAGAUCCAGAAGAUAUGUGGCAGAGAGGGGGCUCUGAAGAUCACACUGUACAUCCUGAGGACCAUGAACCACAAGGACCUCGCAGACACAAUGGAGAAGAAUGAACUUCUCAUGAACAAUCAACAUAAAUACAGAUGUAACCUGAAGAAGAAAUUUGAGUGUGUGUUUGAAGGGAAAGCAAAGCAAGGAAAUCCAGUCCUGCUCAAUAAGAUUUACACAGAGCUCUACAUCACUAAAGGUGGAACUGGAGGGAUCAAUGAUGAGCAUGAAGUGAGACUUAUUGAAACAGCCACCAAGCGUCCAGCAAUACAAGACACUGCAAUUCAAUGCAGUGACAUUUUUAAAUCCUUACCUGGAGAAACGACACCUAUCAGAACUGUGUUGACAAAGGGGGUUGCAGGCAUUGGAAAAACCGUGUCUGUGCACAAAUUUAUUCUUGACUGGGCAGAAGGAAAAGAAAACAAAGAUAUUCAUUUUAUAUUUGCGUUUCCUUUCCGGGACAUAAAUCUUAUGAAGGAUAAAGAGUACAGUCUGAUAGAACUCCUUCAUCACUUUGUCCCAGAACUGAAGAAGUUUGGAUCAGCUGAGCUUGAAUGGUGUAAAAUCUUGUUCAUAUUCGAUGGUUUGGAUGAGAGUCGACUUCCUCUGGAUUUCCAGAACAAUCAGAGCUGGUUUGAUGUAACAAAGACAACAUCUUUGGAUGUGCUGUUGACCAACCUCAUUAAGGGGAAUCUGCUUCCCUCUGCUCUCAUCUGGAUAACCUCCAGACCAGCAGCUGCAGGUCAGAUCCCUCUUGAGUGUGUCCACCAGGUGACAGAGAUACGGGGGUUCAAUGAUCCUCAGAAGGAGGAGUACUUCAGGAAGAGGUUCAGUGAUCAGGACCUGGUCAACAGGAUCAUCACACAUGUGAAGUCAAGAAGGAGUCUCCACAUCAUGUGCCAUAUUCCUGUCUUCUGCUGGAUUUCAGCUACUGUCUUUGAGAAGCUGUUGGAUAAUGAAGAUGUUAGAGAAAUCCCCAAGACUCUGACACAGAUGUACACACACUUCCUUAUCUUUCAGUUAAGUUUGAAGCAGAAGUAUCAGAAGAAACAAGUAAUGGAGCUUCAUAAGAUUUUAAAUUCAGACAGAGAAUUCCUUCUUAAACUGGGGGAACUGGCUUUUAAAAACCUUGAGACAGGAAACCUCAUAUUUUAUGAGGAACAUCUGAAUGAGUGUGGUAUUGAUGUCAGUGAUGCUUCAGUGUACUCUGGAAUGUGUACAGAAAUCUUCAAAGAGGAGUGUGGGUUAUACCAGAGAAAGGUUUACUGCUUUGUGCAUCUGAGUGUUCAGGAGUAUCUUGCUGCUUUGUAUACAUUAUUAAACAAGAAAUCCAGUUUUCUUACUUAUGUACCCUUUCUUACGGAAAAUUGGUCCCACUUUCUCAAUGGUGCAGUAGAUCAGGCCUUAGAGAGCAAGAAUGGACACUUGGACCUCUACCUCCGCUUCCUUCUUGGCCUUUCAAUGGAUUCCAGUCAGAUUCUGUUACAAGGGCUACUGACAGAUAAAAGAAUCAGAUCAUUUGAUACUGAAAAAACAGUCCAGUACAUCAAGGAGAAGAUCAGGGAAAAUCUCUCUCCAGAGAGAACCAUCAAUCUGUUCCACUGUCUUAAUGAACUCAAUGACAAUUCUUUAGUGGAGGAAGUCCAAGGUUAUCUGAGCUCAGGAAAUCUUUCAGCCAAACACCUCUCACCUGCACAGUGGUCAGCUCUGGCCUUUGUGUUACUGAUGUCAGACAAAGAACUGGAUGUGUUUGACCUGAAGAAAUAAAUCAGAUCAGAGGAAGGUCUUCUGAGGCUGCUGCCAGUGGUCAAGAUCUCCAAAAGAGCUCUGCUGAACCAGUGUGGACUGACAAAGAGAUGCUGUGAAGCUCUGGCCUCAGUUCUCACCUCAAACUCCUGUUCACACCUGAGAGAGUUAGACCUGAGUGACAAUGACCUGCAGGAUUCAGGAGUGAAGAUACUCUCUGCUGGACUGGGGAACAAACACUGUAAACUGGAGAUACUGAGACUGUCUGGCUGUUGUGUCACAGAGGGAGGCUGUGCUUCUCUGGCUUCAGCUCUGCGUUUGAACCCCUGUUCACAGCUGAGAGAACUGGAUCUGAGCUACAAUCACCCAGGAGACUCAGGAGUGAAGCUGCUCUCUGAUCUACUGAAGGAUCCACACUGUAAACUGGAGACACUGCAUGUGGACCAUGGUGGACAGUGCAGGAUCAGACCAGGGUUCCUUAAAUACUCCUGCCAGCUCACACUGGACCCCAACAUAGCAAACACACAUCUGUUUCUGUCUGGGGACAACAGGAAGGUGACAUGGAGAGAAGAGGAACAGAAAUAUCCUGAUCAUCCAGAGAGAUUUGACUUUUUUUCCCAAAUUCUGUGUGUAGAGAGUGUGUCUGGUCGCUGUUACUGGGAGGUUGAGUGGACUGGAAAUGCGGCUGGAACAGGAGUGACUUAUAAAGGAAUCAGGAGGAAAGGAAACAGUGUUGACUGUCGACUUGGAUACAAUGAAAAGUCCCAGGUUCUGUGCUGCUCUGGUACGAGUUACUCUGUGAGACACAAUAACACACACACUGUUAUACCUGUACCCCCCUCCCACAGAGUAGGAGUGUAUGUGGACUGUGUGUCCGGCACUUUGUCCUUCUACAGCGUCUCCUCUGGUGAACUGACUGUCCUGUACAGGUUCACCUCCACAUUCACUGAGUCUCUUUAUCCUGUGUUUAGGGUUUAUAGUCAUUCCUCAGCGUCCCUGUGUGAGAUGGAAUAGAUACCAGUGUCCUGGAUCUGUUUUGGCUGUAUCAUGUAUGUUUUUUGUUUUAUUUUAAAAUUGUUUACUUCACUGACUCAUUGUGAUUACUUAGAGUUAGAUAGUAGUAGCUGGUUAAAAACAAACUGAAGCGGAACCCACAGAAGGUGUUUAUUGUUGGUCAAAUUCUGCCUGAACUGUACACCUGUUGUUCAUAAUCACACUAAAUAAAUAUGAAACAAACUCGGCUUUCGAGCUAUCAUAGUGCUUUCUGCUCAAACACACACCACUUUCGUCCACUGUCGACAGCAGUGGAUCAGAAACUGUACUCGUUUCCCAUAAUGCACCGCUCUCUUAAAGCAACACUGCACUCUUAACAGCUUCAUGUUUCUGUUCGUCCAGUUCAUCCUCGUCAAGUGUUGUUGUUUGGACCGUGUGACCUGCUAAUGGAAAGAGAAUAAAUAUAUAAAUAAAAGCGCUAGAGCAAAUGUUUAUUUAAUAGUAGCUUUAUCUAAAUGUUCUUUACCGAACCCAUGGAUAAAUAAAGGGGUUAAGAUGUAUUACAAUGACCCGCGUUACAGUUUUGAGCAGUAAAUGUGUGUAUUGUAAUAAUUGGUUGGCUUUUGGUGACGUCCGGGGAAUAUAAGAAAGUGAUUGGGUCUGCCGUGAGGAGAGAGAGGAGACCGCCCGGGGGCGCUAAGCAGGAUCGGAAGGCUGACUAGAUGUGCAGGUCCUGGAGGA